ACAGUCGUUUUAUAAUGUACUUGUUAAAUUAUUUAUAUGAAGUGAUGUAGAUGUAGUGUGGAUUUUUUAUACAAACAACGAAAAUCAGUAUGAUAUACUCAUAUUUGCUAAAGCUGGUGGUGUUUGUGUUCUCUAUUAAAUUAGUGUCUUCUGGUUACGAUUAUGAGGAUUACGAUGCAGUAGGCACCGAUUUGGAUAGGCAAUGGAAUGAAUUCAAGGAAAAAUUUAAUAAAACCUAUUCCGAUUACCAUGAGUUAGUAAAAAAGAGAGUUUGGCAGGAAAACUUAGAAAAAAUCAAGAAACACAAUGAAGAAGCUGCUCAAGGAUUACACUCUUUCUACAUCAAAGAAAAUCAUUUGACCGAUAUGACAGUACAGAGUUAUCUACAAACAAUGGUUAAACUUACGAAGAGCCGACAUCGAAAAGUAGAUCCCGAGCAAGUAGGAGACUUUUAUGAUAAACUAAUGCAUUUGCCUGAAGAAAUUAAUUGGAUUGAAAAAGGUUUCAAGACUCCACUUUAUAACCAGAGGGACUGUGGUUCCUGUUACGCCUUUAGUAUAGCUAGUGCUAUCCAAGCCCAAGUUUUCAAGCACACUGAAAAACUUGUUCCAUUGAGUGAACAGCAAAUAGUUGACUGCAGUGUUACUUAUGGAAACUAUGGGUGCGCUGGUGGAUCUCUCAGAAACACUUUGAGAUAUUUGGAAAAAGUUGGAGGACUCAUGACAUAUAAUGAUUAUCCAUACAGAUCUAGGCAACAGAAAUGUGCCUAUGACAAGCACAGGGCGAUAGUCAAUAUAACCUCCUGGUCCAUUCUUCCAGCCCGUGAUGAAAGGGCUCUGGAGGUUGCUGUAGCUAGAAUUGGACCUGUGGCUGCUUCCAUAAAUGCAAGUCCCCACACUUUUCAACUCUAUCACAAAGGAAUAUACGAUGAUAUAACAUGCACCUCCAACAAUGUGAAUCAUGCCAUGCUAGUUGUCGGCUACACGAAAGAUACAUGGAUAUUGAAAAAUUGGUGGGGAAAACAUUGGGGAGAAAAUGGAUACAUGAGGCUGAGGCGACACAAAAAUCGAUGUGGUGUGGCGAAUUAUGCUGCUUAUGCUUUGGUUUAAUUUCAAAAAUUUAAGAAUAUUCAGUUUACUUCCUAAUUGUUUCCAUCCAACAAAUUACCAAAAUAUAUAUUGAGUCAGAAGUUUAAAACACGUAUAAAAGCAUACUUAACACAUAUCCAAUCAUAGGUAUAAAUUAUUUGAGAAAAUUUUGUGAAAGUAUAAGUGGGUAGAUUUUUCCAUUGGAUCACUUUCCAUCAUUUUUCCUUUACUCUUCAUGUACAUCCCCAUUAAACUUUUCUCUUUA